UCGCCAGUCCGUCUGAAAUUACAGUCCGCCUCAUCAGCAGCAGCAGCGUGUGUAGCAGCUAACUUCAUGUUAGCACCGAACCUGUUGAAAUUCACUUUCCGAACUUCAGUGUUUACUAGUGUUUAUAGAAAUAUACCAGGUAGGGACAGUAUACCAGUUGCAGAAAGAAGAUACAUGUCACACCAACCCAAGCGACUCUGCACAGAAAACAUGUCUGGUAAAAGAAUCGGCACCCAUAACGGGACAUUUCAUUGUGAUGAAGUGCUAGCCUGUUUCUUCCUUCACCAGCUCCCGGAGUACAAGGAUGCUGAGAUCGUCAGAACUCGGGACCCAGCCGAGCUCGCCAAGUGUGACAUCGUGGUGGAUGUGGGAGGAGAGUUCGACCCCAAGAAGCAUCUCUAUGACCAUCAUCAGAGCGGGAUCUCCCAGUAUGAUGGAGAGGCUCGCUACGCUGUCUCCUCCACUCUCAGCGCCCGCGUCGGACACCUUAACCCACGCUGGAACAGCAAGAGCCAGGACACCGAGGAGGGCUUCCAUAAGGCCCUGGGCAUGGUAGGAGCAGAGUUCCUGGACCGGGUUGACUUCUACCAGAACUCCUGGCUUCCUGCCCGUGUGGUGGUGGAGGGAGCUGUACAGAUGAGGAAGCAGGUUGACCCCAGUGGCGAGGUAGUGGUGUUUUCUCAGGGUGGUUGUCCCUGGAAGGAGCACCUGUUUUCCCUGGAGAAGGAGCUGAGCGUGGACACCACCAUUAAGUUUGUCCUCUACCCUGACCAGAACGGACAGUGGAGAGUCCAGUGUGUCCCAGCCGGUCUGCACACCUUCAAUAACAGGCUGUCUCUGUUGGAAGAGUGGCGUGGGGUACGUGAUGAGGCCCUGUCAGAGCUCAGUGGGAUCCCCGACUGUGUCUUCGUCCACGCCGGAGGUUUCAUCGGGGGGAACAAGACCGAGGAAGGGGCCCUGGAGAUGGCCCGUAGGACCCUGCAGGCUGCGGCCAAGUCUCCAUCCAACUGCUCCUGAACUGAUCUUAACCAGUCCUGGAGGAGGAUUAACCAGGCAAGCUCAGUAUAGCUUGGUUUACCUUCCGCUUAGUAGUGUGAACGUAGUUCAACCACACACACUCUCAAUCAUGUCACUGUUCGGUUACUUGAAUUGUACUGUGUGUGUUGCACUUGUUUUUGUAAUAAAAAUACAAUUUGAUUUUGA